AUGGCUACUAUAAUGGCUCGUUAUAACCAAAACGACGACACUCUGCAGCGGAUCGAUGAAGUGGCUAACGAAGAUGUUCGCAUGAAGGAUGCCUUUGUCCCGGAUGCGGUCUAUCUGGUGGUUGACACCAAUAUUCUCCUCCAUUACCUCGCCGUUUUGAGCAGAUUUAGCGAAGACAUUGAGGCACAUGCAUUCCCGGUCCUUAUUAUUGUUCCUAAUGUUGUUAUUUCCGAACUAGACGGGCUGAAGAAGAGAGAGGAGUUGUUAUGGUUUGCGAGCACUGCGUCGACUUGGUUGCUGGAGAAAGUGAAGGGAAGAAAGUCCGUCAAAGUCCAGGCGCGACGGGAAACCUGCGAUACACCAAUCGCGGACUCGGACUACGCUCGCAAGAAUGACCUUUUGAUAUACGACUGUUGUGCCUUUUUCCGAACGAAGGGCAACGUUGUCCUUCUCAGCGCAGACAAGAAUCUCUGCAUCACGUGUUUAGCAAACGGUAUACCGUCCGUUCGCCCUUCCAUACAGAGGUGGUCCAGUCGGGAACUAGCACGCUCACUCCUGGCGGAACUGAACUACAGCCACGAUGUCAGCUACUUCCGAGGGCACGAAGACGCGUCCAAUUUCCGUCCAUCCCGGACGCUUGACGUGCAUCGUCGAUUGACUGCCGCCCCCGUGCAAGAAGAUGAAGAUGGAAUGGACAUCGACGACGAUGGCGCUGCCGGCGACAGUAAAGAGGACUUCAUUCCCACCCACGCCCUCGAUUCUCUCCACAUGCAGGUCAUCGACCACUUCGCGAUCGUGCUGAAGGACGUCGCACUCCGCGUGCGCACCGCAACUGGAGACUUGGCUCCGCCGUCGCAGUCUCAACAUGCUCCGAAAUAUCGACAAAAGGAUUUUCGGGCAUGGACUAUAGGCGACUGUCUGGAAUACCUGGAUGCCAAGAAAAGGCUGGGGGUGUCUCGACCGUCGCUGAGGGUUUUUCUACUCAGGAGGAACGAAGAUCGGGGCUGGCGCAGGGGUCAAGACUGGUCGCGGCAGGAUUGGACCAACUCUCUGGAGGCGCUGGAGGACGUCGGGACGGUGUUCGAGGAUGGAUUUGUGCUGAACUCCUUGGCAGCAUUGAGACCCGAGGUGCAAAACAUCUUCAACACGCCUAUGCGUCCCACUGGACUGUGA